AUGCACAGUGCCGAUAAAAUUCUCCACGCAGUUACAUUGUUGUCUGAAGCUCUACAAGAAAGAGACGCCCGAGAACUGCUGUUACAUCACCGACAAGAGUUGCAGCUGGCCUUCGACAAUUUAUGGGGAAUACUACGAUCAUCGACUUCGUGCAACCUCCCGGCAGUUGAACCCUCCGACCAAAAUCAGAACGAGGAUUUGCCGCACCAUCUCCCCUAUCAGGAUCAACGAGUCCCAUUAGAAGCCGCAGAUGUCUCGCAUUUGGCACAUCAGCUUCAGCAGCCGGUGCUUUCAUUAUCACCGCAAUCUGAACCCAGUUUACCAGAAUUGGGUGACGAUGACAAUCCCACGCAGGAGCAGAAAGACACCGUUGCUCUGUUUAUGAAAAAGCUCGACCGUGUUUCCAAAAAUAUUCGCAAAUUCCUAAACCAGAGCGAAGAUGAUGCUCUGCUUAUAAACAAUGACUGGACGACGGAUGACCCCCGUUUGGUCGAUAUCGACCUGACAGAACGACGUCUCACUCCCUCCAUAAAAUUACGAGGCUGGCUUGCCCGGUACUCAUUUGCAGAUGACUAUCUAGCCUGGGCAGCGGGACACUAUAAUCUACCUCGCGAGCACUUUUUGAUUUUGCAACCGGAAGAUGCAGAUGCUGCCAACAGGCAUUCGAGCCCGGUUACGAAUUACAUGUCUGUUAUCAAUUCAGAAGACCAAAGAAUCAUCAGGGCGAUACGGCACGGACUCAAAUAUCAUUCGUUUCACCAUAUCCACGGAAAUUUUGGGGCCUUCGCUUUCCUUAGCCAAAUGUUUACUGCGUUUCGGGAUGUACCCUACCCAUGCAUUAAGCUCUUGUCAGACUCAAUUCACGGUUCCUCGGAAUGGUCUGGCCUUUCGAAUAAGAAAGCAACUUGGAUUUCCGAUUGCUGGGCAAUCUACAGCACCACUGUACGAUACUCGCGUCAGGUACGUAGCAGGAAGCGUCCAUUCGGGGCCGAAAAUCCGAAUGAGCAGGGCCAGUCCAAACGCCAGCAAUUUACAUCCUCAUCAGAAAAUACGACUGAAACAAGAAGUCACUCAACUCACGCAGAGUUGAACUCAUGUCAGUUUCAAGACGAUGAAUCAUUGCCUAGACCAAAUUUGCCGCAAGAUUUGAGGGAGUUGCAGGGUAUCUUAGGAAAUUUUGACCCAAUCACAGACCUCGACUCACUCGGGGUGGACUAUACAGAUGGACAGGAGCACCCCGAGAAUACAGAAAACCUGGACCGCAAUGAUACCACGCAGAGUGUGCCUGGUUUCCCCCAGGAAGAUGGCUAUAAUCACCCUACCACGCGAGGAAGGGAUGGUGAAUCACUGCCUAGCCUAAAUAUGCCGCAAGAUUUGACGGAGUUACAGGAUCUCUUGGGAAAUUUUGACCCAAUCACAGACCUCGACUCCCUCGGGGUGGACUAUACAGAUGGACAGGAGCACCCCGAGAAUACAGAAAACCUGGACCGCAAUGAUACCACGCAGAGUGUGCCUGGUUUCCCCCAGGAAGCUGGCCAGGAUUACCAUGAAGUAUUUCCUUUUCAAGCACUCGAAUCUUUGGCCCAGCCUAUUUGUUAA